AUGGCUGAGUCCUAUGCUGUUGACCUGGACAAGAAGACUUGCACUUGUAGAGUGUGGAAACUUAAUGGGUAUGGAUGUGUGCAUUCAGUUGCAACUAUAUCAUUUCUCAAUAGAGAUGUUGGCGGUUAUGUUGAUACAAUGUUCUAUGGAGCAGUCUACACGAACACCUAUAAGUAUCUAAUUCAGGGGAUGAAUGGUAGCAAUAUGUGGCCACCUACUGACUUCAUACCACCUCUUCCACCAAUGAAGAGAAGAAUGCCAGGUAGACCAAAGUGUCUAAGGCAGGGAAAAAAAUAUCAUGCAGCGUGUAAAAAUGUGGGGCAUAACAAGGUCACAUUUCCUCAAGCUGAAAGACCUCAAGUGCAAAAACCUGAAGUUGGUAGGAGGCCCAAACUAAAUGUUAAAAAAAGGAAAACAGGUGUCAAUGAAAAAGGUGAAGGAGUAGGAGGUGUCAAUGAACAAGGUGAAGGAGUAGGAGGUGUCAAUGAAAAAGGUGAAGAAGCAGGAGGUGUCAAUGAAGGGCAAAAGGGUCAAGGAGCAAAAUCAGUGCAUGAAGGGAAAAAAGACUCCCUUUCUCGCUUUCUCUCUCCUCUUCUCAAUCUCUCACUUCAAAACGUCCGAUUGAUCCUUCUCGAACAAUCUUUUCUCAGGGAUCCUGAGUAG